AUGUUCAUCGGCGGCCUGAACUGGGAGACCACAGACGAGGGCCUGAAGCAGUACUUCAGCCAGUUCGGGCGCGUGUCGCACUGCACCAUCAUGCGCGAGGCCGGCACGAACCGCUCGCGCGGCUUUGCGUUCCUGGCAUUUGCCGAGCCCGCCACCGUCAACGUCGUCAUGGUCAAGGAGCACUUUCUCGACGGCAAGAUGAUCGACCCCAAGCGCGCCAUCCCGCGAGGCGACAGUGCAAACGCCGCCACGUCGCGCUGCUUCGUCGGCAGUGUGCCGCAGAGCGCCACGUCCGAGGUCUUCCGCAAGACGUUUGAGCCGUUCGGCACGCUCACCGAGUGCAACAUGCUGCUCGACGGCGCCACGGGCCGCCCGCGCGGCUUCGGCUUCGUCUCGUUCACCGACGAGGCGAGUGCGCAAAAGUGCAUGGGCUCGCAGCCGCUGUACAUCAAUGGCGAGCAGAUCGAGGUCAAGCGUGCACAGCCGCGCGGCGAUGCGCGCAAGACGAGUGCGACGGACGGCGAGCGGCGGCCUCUGCGGCGCGACGGCGGCAGCGGCAGCUACGGCGCCGACGGGCUAGGCGGCUCUCCGGCGCAGCAGCAGCAGGCGGCGCCCCUCGGCGGCGCUGUCGCAGGCGCAUUCGACCCGCACGCCAUGGCGGCCAUGUUCCAGCAGACGGGCUGGGGCGCCAACUUCAACCCGCUGCUCAUGCAGCAGAUGAUGAUGGGCGGCAUGGGCAUGAUGCCGGGCAUAGGCGGCAUGCCGGGCAUGCAGGGCAUG